AUGGGUGCUUGUGGAAGUAAAGAGGCGUCCGCUGAGGAUACCGAACAGAAAAAGAGGAGCCAGGCCAUAGACAAGAAACUCGAGGAAGACUCGCGGAGAUUACGGCGAGAAUGCAAAAUCUUGCUGCUUGGGUCCGGCGAAAGUGGGAAGUCGACGAUUGUGAAGCAGAUGAAGAUCAUCCAUCAGAAUGGCUAUACACAGGAAGAGCGGGCGCUUUACCGGCUUACAAUCUACAAGAAUCUGAUCGACUGCAUGAAAGCGCUGAUCAGCGCCAUGCAGCAAUUUGAAAUUGAACCAGAGACCCAAACAGUCAGGGACCACAUCGACUUCCUCAUGGAAUAUAAUGUGGACCCGGAUCCCGACAAGUCUUUGGAACCUAAGGUAGCCGAAGCAGUCGAAGCCAUCUGGAAGGAUGAAGCCGCAUCGAAAACGAUGGAACGCCAGAGUGAAUUCUACCUGAUGGACUCGGCACCCUACUUUUUUGAAGAAGUCGGGCGGAUCGCAGCUUCUGAUUACAUACCGAAUGAAGCCGACGUCCUGCGAGCACGGACAAAGACAACUGGCAUUUACGAGACUAGGUUCACAAUGGGUCAAUUAAGCAUACAUAUGUUCGACGUGGGCGGUCAACGAAGCGAACGCAAGAAAUGGAUUCAUUGUUUCGAGAACGUCACAUCGAUCAUUUUCUGCGUGGCUCUGAGUGAAUAUGACCAAGUUCUGCUAGAAGAAUCAAACCAGAACCGGAUGAUGGAAAGCUUGGUGCUCUUCGAUUCGGUUGUCAACUCCAGGUGGUUUAUGAGGACCAGUAUCAUCCUCUUUCUCAACAAGGUCGACUUGUUCAAAGAAAAGCUCGGACGGUCGCCGUUGGGGAAUUACUUCCCUGAUUACUCUGGUGGCAACGAUGUCAACAGGGCAGCCAAAUAUCUGCUUUGGCGGUUUAACCAAGUCAACCGCGCCCAACUCAAUCUCUACCCUCAUCUUACGCAAGCCACCGACACGACGAAUAUUCGGCUUGUCUUUGCUGCCGUCAAGGAGACCAUUCUGCAGAAUGCCCUGAAAGACUCGGGGAUAUUAUGA